UGCUAAUUGUAAUUAGCGUCUAGAAGAGCAUGUCAGCCCUCAUGAACGGACAAAAGGCAGUAGAAGUUACCUCCGUUUUAUCGCCUGUUCAGAUAGAUUCAAAAACUGUUCGAAAGACCAAUAUUCUGGGUGACUCACGCUCGUAUGUUCACUUUGUAGCUGGCGGGUAAGAUCAAUUAGCUUCUGCGAGAAUUGUUGCUAACAAUGUCCGCACCACAGUGUUAACUCCUUUUCAACCAUACAGAGUUGGCGGAAUGCUUGGUGCUAUCUGUACGUCACCUUUGGAUGUUGUUAAAACAAGACUACAGUCAACAUACUAUCAGCAGCGCAGUAGAAGCAAUUUGGGUACACCAACUAUUACCAAGGGGGCAUCAUCGUUACUUGGCCAUUUCGCAGAUACUGGAAGAUUGCUAGUUCGUAUUAAGCAAGUAGAGGGCGCUAGGGCAUUAUUCAAGGGACUGGGACCAAACUUGGUUGGCGUGGUUCCUGCAAGGGCCAUUGCGUUUUUCACCUACGGCAACAGCAAGAGCUUCUACACGGAAUUGAACAAUGGACAUGAAUCCCCAGUUGUUCAUCUUAUAUCAGCAGCCUCGGCUGGUGUUGUCACUGCAACUGCGACAAAUCCUAUAUGGGUCGUUAAAACUCGAUUACAGUUACAAGCGGUUGGACAAAAGCUUUACAAGAACAGCUUUGACUGCACCCUACAAAUUUUAAAGGAAGAAGGCAUCAAGGGUUUGUACAAGGGUAUGAGUGCUUCAUAUCUAGGUGUUGCGGAGGGAACUAUCCAAUGGGUCAUUUAUGAGCACUUGAAGAAGCGACAGAUUGAAGCCAAGGCAGAAAGGCUAAAUGCAGCUGGUCAGAAAACAGAUAGUGCUGCGCAUGCUAAGAGUGUGCAAGAUUGGAUUGGCAACCUCGCUGCUGCUGCUGCAUCCAAAUUUGUGGCGGCCGGUCUUACUUAUCCUCAUGAGGUUAUUCGAACCCGGUUACGACAGCCCGCUGAGAAUGGUGUUCUUAAGUAUACUGGACUGUGGCAGUCACUCACUCUCAUCAUCAAAGAAGAAGGUGCUGGUGCGCUGUAUGGUGGUAUGACGGCGCAUUUGAUGAGAGUGGUGCCAAAUGCUGCCAUUAUGUUCUUCUGUUACGAGGCUAUCGUGUACAACUUUGCUGGAGGUCGCGAACGGGAGGCUGCCGCCUUGAAAGCAUAAGCUCUCUCGAUUCGAUUAUCGAAUUUGUUCACCUUCUCCAUACCUCUAAUAUUUAUAGCUCAUCAACCCACUUCACUUUAACAAGUCAAUUCCCCUGUUCAUUAAUCAGUCAUUAUUUGUCUAUCAUUUCAACAUAACCCACACCCCCUUCCCAUUUGCUUUUUUGUUCUCUAGCGCUUGUUACUGUCGCUAACCGCUAUGUACAGUACGAUUCUAUUUUUUUUGUAAAGCAGUACUUUCCAAAUCUAUGAGUUAAAAAGCUGUUCCAAGCUCAUGCUAUUAAACUGAUACAGUUUAGUUUAUAACAAAAAAGAAA